AUGUGGGCAACUGAGGAAAAUAAUCGAGACUACCGUUUCCGCAUCAGCGCCUCUGAGAGUCAAUUGAUGGGUGUCGUCACAGAGGACCUGCCACGCCGCAGCACUCGGCUGCAGGCGCGCAACGACCAUGCCAUCAGGAGCAAUCGGUCGAUAUGUGGUCCUCAACAAAGCCACGGACGGCGGAUCAAGGAAGAAGGUGAUGCUCCCGUUGAGCGACAGACGUCGCUCAUCGUCAAGAGUCGACAGCCGAAGUUGGCGAAGCUCCGAACCCCAAGCCGGUUGAUCGGCUACUUAAAAACCACUUCGGCCUGUCGCAGCCCUCCGAUCCACGCCCCACGAUUUGGACUCAUCCAAGAAACAUUGGGUCACGAUCUUUAUGAGCUUCUUGUCGCUGCCAUGCUCUGGAACCGAACGAGAGGCAUGCAGGCUAAGCCCAUCUUCUUAGCUCUAAUUCAGCAGUACCCAACCCCAGAUGACCUUGCUAAAGCCAAUCUCUCCGAGCUUACAGAUCUCAUCCGGCCGAUUGGUUUGUACAACUCGAGAGCGAAACGUUUUCUGUUGUUCGCACAAGCGUGGAUCUUGAGUCCUCCUAGCAAGGAACGACGAUACCGUAGGAUGCACUAUCCUGGCGCUGGGGAUGGAAAAGACGUCGGAGCGGCUGAAAUUCUUGAUGAAAAUGAUAUCCGGGAGGGCUGGGAGAUUGCUCAUCUACCAGGCGUCGGUCCAUACGCACUUGAUAGUUUUCGCAUAUUCCAUCGCGAUAUGCUGAGGGGAUUGGCUAAGGACUGGGAGGGAACCGGUGCCCCUUCGGGGUUCGAACCUGAGUGGAAGCGCGUCAUCCCAGUUGACAAAGAGCUCAAGGCCUACAUCCGCUGGAGAUGGUUGAAGGAAGGCUAUAUCUGGGAUCCGUCCUCGGGGCGCGCAGCCGUUGCGUCGGCGAAGAGGAUGAGGCAAGAAGCUGAGCGGACGAAGAGCCUCUCGCCAGAAUUAAUUUAA